GAAACAGAUAGCCGAAAUGAAUAGAGGCCAGAAUAGACCUCACCGUUUACGUCUUCAAUGUUGAUGACAAAAGACUUGAAAAGUUCCAUUUCUACUGUUCUGGUGUGCUGGAAACACGCUGUGUUUAUCUGUUAUCAAUUGUCAAUAAAUGGUUCAGUCAGUGCCGAUCAGUUGAGGGCAUAAAGGAUUGAGAUAUCAUUAUGGGAUCACCUUUGUAUCUCUCCAUUUCAAUCAGCUUGGUUAAUUUACUCUUACUGUUUUUCCUUGUUUCUUCAGUACGGCCACUGUGCCACCCUGAUGAACGCUCAGCGUUGUUGCAGUUCAAGGAAAGCUUUGUCAUCAAUAAAUCUGCUUCAACUAGUCCUGAUGCCCAUGCGAAAACCGAAUCGUGGAAAUUUGAAAGGGAAAGUGGUGACUGCUGCUCGUGGGAUGGGGUGGAGUGUGACUACGGGACUGGUCAUGUAAUCGGCCUCGACCUUGGAAGUAGUUAUCUCUAUGGUUCAAUGGAUUCUAGCAACACCCUCUACCAUCUUGUUCACCUUCGACGGCUUAAUCUCGCAGACAAUUUCUUCAAAAAUUCUAAAAUCCCUUCUGAGAUCAGGAAUCUCUCAAGACUGAUAUCUUUGGACCUCUCUUACUCCGAGUUCUCUGGUCAAAUACCGUCAGAGAUCUUAGAGCUGUUAGAGUUACAGCUCCUUGAUCUGUCAGGGAACUCAUUGAAGCUUCGGAAGACAGGCUUGAGCUCUCUGCUUGAGAAGUUAACUAAUCUUCAAGAACUUUAUCUUUCUUCUGUCAGUAUUUCUUCUUCGGUGCCUAAUAUCUCAGCAAAGUUUUCUUCAUUGAAAGCUUUAAUUUUAUCAAAUUGUGACUUGCGUGGUGAGUUUCCCACAGGAAUAUUUGAGUUACCCGCCCUUCAGUUUCUCAACCUGCGGUCCAAUCCGGACCUUACUGGAUGUUUACCUGAUAUUCAGAGUAAUCACCCUCUUUUGGAAUUAAGCCUUGCAAACACAAGUUUCUUUGGGCAGCUGCCAGAAUCAUUUGGAAACUUCAAGUCCUUGGAAUUUUUGGACAUUAGCAACUGCCAUUUUUCAGGGAAGUUACCGUGUUCACUUGGUAACCUUACUAAACUCAAGUAUCUUGAUCUCUCUUUUAACAGCUUUUGGAGACCUGUUCCUCCUUCAGUUGGGAAUCUAAAACAGCUCAGGGUUUUGGAUUUCUCUUAUAACAAAUUUUCUGGGGAAAUCCCUUCUUCCUUAGCCAAUCUUACGCAACUUGUUUAUCUGUCUCUUACCACUAACCAUUUAGACCCUGGAACAUUCUCUUGGCUCGGUACACAAACCAAUCUAAUAUACUUGGACCUGUCGAACACCAGUUUAUCUGGGAACAUCCCACCUUGGAUAGGAAACCUUACCAAGCUCACUGAGAUCCAAUUCCAGGAAAAUAUUUUGAGUGGUCCUAUUCCAGAAUCAAUCUUCAAGCUUGAGAAUCUUGAACUUCUUUAUCUACAUGCUAAUCAACUAAAUGGAAUUCUCAAGUUGGACUCAUUUCUUGAGCUUAAAAAUCUCACCAGACUCCAACUUUCAGGUAACAACUUGUCACUGCUCAACACUGUCAGCAUCAAUGCCACUAGUCCAAAGUUCAAGCUUUUAGGAUUGGCUUCAUGCAACUUAUCUGAGUUCCCACAUUUUCUGCGUAGUCAAGAUGAAUUGGAGUUUUUGGAGCUUUCUGACAACAGACUUCAUGGCCAAAUACCGAAAUGGUUUUGGAGCGUGGGAAAGGAAACUCUUCAGCAGUUAAAUUUGGUCUUUAAUUUUCUGACAGGAUUUGAGGAGCUUCCCGUUGUUCUUCCAUGGACUCACUUACAGGUUUUCAACCUUGAAUCGAACAUGAUCCAGGGAUCACUUCCGCAUCCACCACCUUCCAUCAUCUCUUAUUCAUUUUCAAAUAACUCACUGUCAGGAGAAAUCUCACCAAUGCUCUGCAAUCUUUCUUUCCUCGUGGCCUUGGAUUUGUCUAAUAACAACUUGACUGGGAUGCUCCCGCGAUGUUUAUUCAGCCUAAGUGACUCUCUAAAAGUAGUCAGCCUUGGAAAUAAUCAAUUUACUGGUGCUAUUCCUUCAACAUAUAUGAAGAGCUGUGGGUUGAGGAUGAUGGAUUUGAGCCAAAAUAAAUUGCAAGGGAGAAUACCAAGAUCACUAGCCCAUUGUACCAAGUUAGAAGUUUUAAUCCUUGGAAACAAUUGGAUAAAUGAUACCUUUCCUUCUUGGUUGGGCACUCUUCCAAAACUCAAGGUUCUCAGCUUGAGAGCAAAUGGAUUGCAUGGUGUGAUAGGGAAACCUCGAGCCAAAUCGGAAUUCUCCAAGUUGCAAGUAAUUGACCUCUCAGACAAUAGUUUCAGGGGUAAGUUGCCAUCUGAGUACUUCAAUAUUUGGGUUGCCAUGGAAGUUGCCAAUACAAACAGCUUAUCCCCAUAUAUGAACGCCAAUACAAGCUUCGCAGAUGGAGAAUUAUCGUGGUCUGAUUAUUAUAAUUACGUACUUAUAUUGGCUAACAAAGGCAGGGAACUUAAUUAUGAGAAUGUUCCAGAUUCCAUCUCAGCUAUUGAUUUAUCCAGCAACCAGUUCCAAGGUGAAAUCCCUGAAGCCAUUAGUAAUUUGAAGCAAAUUCAUAUGCUUAACCUUUCAAAUAACAAUCUCACUGGUCAUAUUCCAUCAGCAUUGGGGGAAAUUUCGAACCUUGAGUCUUUGGACCUCUCUCGAAAUAAGCUCUCUGGAAAAAUCCCUCAGCAAUUAGCCAACCUUAACUUCCUUGCAAGCUUCAAUGUCUCUUAUAAUAAUCUUGAAGGGAAUAUUCCUCGAGGAGCACAAUUCAAUACGUUCAACAAUGAUUCGUACGAGGGGAAUUCAAGAUUGUGUGGAUACCCUUUGUCAGAAAAAUGUGGAAAUCAUGAGGUCUUGCAGCCACCACCUCCGUUGGCCCGCAAAGAAGAUGAUGAAGGAAUCGAGAGUGUGUUCAAGUUUGAUUGGAAAAUAGUUAUGACAGGAUAUGGAGCUGGGCUAGUAAUUGGAAUGUCUCUUGGAUACAACUUCACAGCAAGGAAACAUGAGUGGUUCAUGGUGGUCUUCAGAAAGUGGCAAGUCAGUAAUAAUUGGAAUGGCUCUAAUUGGCAAGAAUCCUUGAGGUCUGUUUGGAAAAAGGUUUCCUGGACUUACUAGGUCCUAGUGUAAUAUAUAUGAUUGUGUGCGUGUGCUUAGAACCUGCUCUUUUUUCUUGGCCUUUUUUGGAUUAGGAAGUAGCAUUACACAGUAUAAAGCUUGAUUUAUGUAUAAUUAUGCCUUGAUACCAGAAAACUUCCAGAUCUUGUGCUCUUAUCUUAUUGCAGUUUGAAGAAAAAUGUUUUCUAUUGCUGAUUAAAGCUAGACCAAAAAUGUUUUAAUGUGUGCUGCUUGAUCUUUGAAGUUCAUGGAAUCCGGAUGCUUGGAAUAUCUAUUUUCUGAUGGUCUUUUGUACGGUGGGAGUUAAUUUCUGGAUACGGCUCUUGGUCAUUUGGUUUUUUCUGUUUUGCACUUUAACCAAUCGGUGGAUUUUAUUGAGCUUGACUCUAAAGUAGGUUCAUGUUUAAUGGAUCUACUGUUUAUAGGUUCUCUUUCCGAGAUGUUUUUAGAAUGAUUCAUAGCUCUUGUAUUGGCAUAAUCAGGAUCCUUGCGGCCAAUGGCUUAUUGUGCAGUGAAACUUUUGUAAUUGUACAGUGAUUUUGCUCAUUGCAAGUUUUCUAUGCCAUUAAAGUAUUUUGUCAA